AGGCUCGAGCGCGCGCUCCCCCGCGGGCCGAUGCACGGCUCAGGCCCCCGUCGGCGCCGCGGCGGCCGCGGCCUCGCAGCCUGCGCAGCGGCCGCGGCCGCGGCGGUGUGCGCGGCGGCUGGCCGCUGUGCCGCAGGCUUCGCGGCAACCCCGCGCCCAGCGGCCUUGCGGCCAGGGCACCUGUCGUUGCCCGACCGCGCCGGAGGCCGCGCCGGAGCCGUCGCGCUCGCCGCCGGCCCGGAUGCGUGGGCGCUCGGGGAGCUCGCCAGCGGUCCCCUCGCCGCCUACGGGGAUGCGCUGGCGGUGAACCCGGUGGGGACCAAGAUGCUCACAGCGGGGUCCCUGACCAUGCUCGGCGACGCGGUCUCGCAGGUUGGGGAGGGGCGCGACAAGCCCGCCGAG